UUACUCAGACAAAAGAUUAGACUCUCUGUGAACUUUCUCAAAAAGCUCUUACUGUUUUUUUGUACACACAUGGCUUCAUCUCUAGCUCUUAGGAGACUUCUCUCUUCCACCGUCGUUCCUGGUUCCCGUAGCGUUCUUCGUCCACAAGCUGCCUCUCGUCUCCUCAACACCAACGCCGUCAGGAGCUACGACGACGGCGAAAAUGGGCACGGUGUUGAUGUAGACCGACGAUCUGAUCGCUCUGUUUCUCGCCGCCGUGAUGAUUUCUUCUCAGACGUUUUCGAUCCGUUUUCGCCGACAAGGAGUGUUAGCCAGGUGCUGAAUUUGAUGGACCAGUUCAUGGAGAAUCCUCUGUUAUCAGCGACGCGAGGCAUGGGAGCUUCUGGAGCUCGGCGUGGCUGGGAUAUCAAGGAGAAAGACGAUGCUCUCUACUUGAGGAUCGACAUGCCUGGGCUGAGUAGAGAGGACGUGAAGCUAGCUUUGGAGCAGGACACUUUGGUUAUAAGAGGAGAAGGGAAAGAUGAGGACGAUGGUGGCGAGGAAGGGGAGAGUGGUACUCGGAGAUUCUCAAGCCGGAUUGGUUUGCCGGAGAAGAUAUACAAGACCGAUGAGAUUAAGGCGGAGAUGAAGAACGGAGUUUUGAAAGUGGUGAUUCCGAAGAUGAAAGAGGAAGAGAGAAAUGAUGUUCGCCAGAUCGAGGUCAACUGAAACGGCGUCGUUUUCCUCUCUGUUUUGGUGUUGUUUGUUUUGUUGAUAGCACUAGAAUAAGAAGUUUGUGGGUCGUUGGUUUUUUUCUUUUCCUUUUAUCUUUUUUGACAACAAGUGUGUGGGUCGAUGAUGAGCCAUGUACCCUUAAGC